AUGCCAGCCGAUCCGAAAUCCGUCCAGGCCAUUCUAGAUACCAUUGCUCUUCGCUACCGCGGACCAGGCGGUGCAAUCGCUGUCCUUAAGGAUGGCGAGAUUGUUGGACAACGGGUCUGGGGAUGGGCUGACAUGAACGAGCGGAUUCCUCUGACGGCUCAAACCCAAAUGCCCAUCUGCUCCAUCACAAAGCAAUUCGUCUGCGCCCUCCUUCUCGAUCUUGAGCGCAACCCGACCUCCGCAAUGGCUACUAAGGGAGACGUCCAGACGCAGUUCUCCGACGCUCUUAGUGAAAUUCUGCAGCCUGAGGUUUUCAAGAACACUGGAUUGACUAUCCAGAAUAUGGUUGACAUGCAAUCCGGCUUGCGUGACUACUGGGCCAUGACCACUCUCUGGGGUGCUAAGCCAGAAGACGAAUUCCUAGUAGAACGUGACGGACCUCCAGCGAUGGAUCGUACAAGAUCUUUCCACUUCAAGCCCGGGACGGAAUACUCAUACUGCAAUGUCAACUUCUACGUGGUAGCGCGAGUCAUCGAGCGAGUCACCGGGGAGCCGCUUGGUAAACUGCUGAAGGAACGCGUUCUCGGCCCGGCGGGAAUGGAAACUGCCUUCCUAUGCGCUAACACCGCUCAUCACCCUCCUCCCUGUGUGGGCUACGAGGGAAAAGAGGAAAGUGGAUACUACCCGGCAGUGAAUCGGAUGGAAUGGGCUGGAGAUGCUGGGUUGGUGGCUUCUCUUGAUGAUAUGAUCGCCUGGGAAAAGCACCUGGAACAGAAUUUCGCAGAUCCUCAAAGCUGGUAUCAGACCAUCUACGAACCGCAGACGUUCACUGAUGGCAAUUCCGCCAAGUAUCAUUAUGGCAUGGCCCAUGUUGAUGUUGAUGGUGUGGAUUCGAUUGGUCAUGGUGGUGCGCUUCGUGGAUACCGUCUGCACCGACGCCACGCACCUCACGAGCAUCUGUCAGUGGUCGUCUUGUUCAAUCACGAGGCCGAUGCAUCGGCGGCCGUCAACGACAUUUUGCGUGGUAUUUUGGACAAACCCAAGAACGAGAGCACCCCUGUUGCGGCCAAUGCGGACUGGGCUGGUGUUUUCCUUGACCAGGAUACUCAGCUUGCCAUCACUGUGGCCAAGGGAUCCCGGGAAGGAGAUAUUCUUAUAUCCUAUGCCGGCAACCAUGAGACAAUCAGGUUGACUGAUGCUACAAACGGGAAAUCAAAUUCUAUGACGGCGACUAUUGAGGGAGAUAGCCUACGCAUCCAUCGUAUUGUGGAGAACCGCGAGCUUGACGCCAAACGUCUGAUCAAAGACGCAUUUCCUUUCCAAACUACACGUCUUCAGGGUACAUAUACCUGCGCAGAGGUUCAAUCUACGUUCCAUUGUUCAGGAGACUCAGGAAUGCUGUACGGUGCCUUCGAUGGAUACCUCGGCCGAGGACCCGCAACUCCUAUGCGAUACCUGGGCGGCGAUGUCUGGGCUCUGACUUGCCCUCGCGGUCUAGAUGCACCUGCUCCGGGCGAUUGGACUAUGGUGCUUCGGCGUGAUGAAGGCGGGACCGUUGUCGGAUUCAAAAUUGGAUGCUGGCUAGCCCGGGGGCUCGAUUUUGUGAAGAAAUAG